ACAAUGCAAACGAACCAUGACAAUAACAUCGACUACGCAUUAAUUUAAGGUAUAUCUGUUUAUUGUUAGGUUCAGAGAAGGGCAAGGGUACUCUGGACGUGCUCCUGUGCACCACGUACUGUCGCUCCCAGCUGUACCUUUCCCGGCAGCUGUCCCAACUGCACCCGGAACUCACCAUGCCCAUGUUCUCAGAAAUAACCGCUCGCUUUCAAACCGCGAGAACUGAGGUCCGUCAGUUGCUGCUGCAGUAUCUGCUGCCUUGGCUUGUGAAUAUCGAGCUCUUGGACCCUAAUGUACCUCCUGCGAAUCCACUCUCAUACAUACAGUACUACGCGUCGGAAGGAGGUCGCAGCGUACGACGAGAGGGUCUCGGUUCCGUGGAAGCCACUGAAAUGGUCCUCAAUAAUUUAUUUUACAUCACUGCAAAGUUCUCGGACAACCACCCGAAGGAGAUUGAAGAGCUAUGGUCGACGCUGUGCGCUUGCUGGCCAAAUAACCUAAAGGUCAUCAUCCGGUACCUCAUCAUAGUGUCAGGGAUGGCACCUAACGAACUCUUACCAUAUGCGAAGCGCGUAGUGUUGUACCUAGCGCGGUCUCGGCCGGAGAGACUUCUCGACGAGAUGAUGACGGAACUGCAGACUGUGGAGACCCUCAACUGUCUCAUCGAGCGCACUGAGACACCGCCCUUCUACAGACUCACUUCGAUGCGCAAGGCCACGUCCGGACACAGCGACGGCCCUGGCACUGGAUCACAAGAUGCGGCAGGUCGAACUGGCGAAUUGGCUCCAAUAGAAAAAGGCACUAUUCACACAAAGAGGCACAGCGGUGAAGACCCGGCUAAAUCUUGGUACGUAUUUACUUAA